AUGAAUCCCGCCGGCGACAAUGGCCCUCCUCGCCCGCCGAGUCCCUUGAAGCCGCCACGCAAACGCAAGAGGAUCGUGAUAUCGUGCACCGAGUGCCAUCGGCGCAAGCAAAAGUGCGACCGCUCGUCUCCCUGCUCCAACUGCAUCGCGCGCAACAAGCAAUCCCUCUGCCACUAUGAGAACGAAUCUGCCAGGAAGCAACAAUUGCUCGAGGAGAAAAACACCGCCGCAGCAACAUCCCUCCAUGGCGGGGCGUUCAGUGUCAUCAGGCCAAACGAUCCAGACAGGGACGCCGAUACAGAUACCGCGGCGCAGGUCACGGCUUUUGGAUAUGCGAAGUCGAAUGGAAAUAUCAACACCACGCUGGGGAUCUUCAAGAAGAUCGAGAAACAUGACGCCGGCGAAUCGUCUCUGCUCGCCCAUCCCGCAGCAGGGGCGUCCGACCAGAGCGGCCUCCGCGAGAAAUACAAGAGUCUGAUACGCCAAUUGCCCUCCAAGCCAUAUAUCGAGCAGCUCUUGCCAACAUACUUCCGCGAAGUCAAUUACCAGUAUUAUCCCUUGGAUGAGGGCAUAUUCAGAGACCACCUGCAGAACUGGUACAACCUGUCCUUCUCGACUUUGAACAAGGGCCCUCUAGAAUUAUCUGGCGAGCUGCAAUUCUUCCCCGCGCUACUCUUCCAAUGCCUCGCUCUGGCCUUACAGUUUCAGCCAUUAGACUACGACAAGGGCCUCGAUUCCUUGAAAUACGCCGCGGGGAUGUCAUUCGAUGAUCUGGCUAGCGACUAUAGCGAGUCUGGCGUAGCCAUCCUCAACCUCCUGGGCAAGCGCAACACCACCCUGCUCACCGUCCAAGCAGGAUUUCUUCGAACGGCAUAUCUCAAGAAUGUGGGGAUGGUUACAGAGGGCUGGCAUUCAUUAUCCUCCACCAUCAGAGAUGCUCAGGAGAUCGGGUUACAUAGGGAGGGUGUCUCUAAACCUCGCAGGCCGGAUGAGAAAGCAGAAGAUAUUCUCGAGGGACUUUGGGUCGAGCAGCUAAGACGAAGGAUGUGGUUGAUUCUUGCGCUUUGGGAUAUCCACAUGGCGAUUAAUCUGGGCCGGCCUGCAACAAUCGACCCCCGGGAUGGAACACCUCCUUUUCCCAUCGAUGCGCCCACCCCCAAGAGCCGUCGUGAGGCGGCCCCUUCGCCACGAGCUCAAUCGGACCCCCCAACACCUCUGACCAUGCUUCUUUGGAACGUGGAGCUUAGUGCACCAUUGUGGGAUAUUUUCAACCUUGAGAAGGAAGACCCGAAUCAAAACAACCUUGCCAAAGUGGAGAAAAUGCACAAUCUCAUCCGCCAAAUAGCCUUCCACUGCCCUCCCUUCUUCCGCGCUCAUAACCCGGAUACAUCAUUCGACGCGGAUCCAGGAUGCUACUGGCUUCCACGUGCUCGGGAGGUCUUCAAAAACGGCGCUGCAUUUACAAUUAUGGCUCUUCACAGACCCUACAUCUUCACGAGCCCAUCUAGCCGUACAGCGGCGUUAAAGGCUGGCCUAGAUAUUCUGCUUGCUCAGCGAGCAUUUUUCGGAAUGCUCAGCUCCCUGCACUACAAGAUGUUCGCCCUGGUUUUAAACACAUUUGAUGCAAUUGUUCUCGUGGCAGCAAUAUACAUCCUACAUCCGCACGAAAACUCGGAUGAUCUCGACGACAGUCUUAGACAUUUCGAAUGGGGUAUGGAACGCUUCCAAAUAAUGUCGACGCGGAAUACUAUGGCCAAAGCUGCGCUGGGCGUAUUGAAAGCCAUCCACCUACGGUUAAAACGCGCCCUCAGCCCACCCAAAUCCACCCAGAUCCAGACCGAAUCAGGGCUUAAAACGCAAUCAUCCCCAUUGGCUCGCACCCCAGAAACAUAUCCAUGCUUAACAACCAAUGGGCAAUACCUAACACCUUCAACGCAUCAUCAAUCUAUUUCCAGCGCUUCUUCAACCUCCACUACAGAUCACAAUAAUGCACCAACUCCAGCAACCGUCUACACUCUUCCCACAAUUUCGAACCUUACAUCACCGUCCGCUGUUCCAACUCCACUCUCGUCAAACUCGGCGUCGUGGGGCACCGGCAAUAUCACCACCGCUCCAGGCGACUUCGCCCCAAUUCCCUUAGCACCGCUACACCCUAUGCACGAUCUAGUAUUCAACGACUUGGGAACAGCAAUGGAUUCGGGCUAUGAGACUGGGACUUGGGACGUGACGGGUAUUGAUGUAGCGGGAGAAGAGGACAUGAGUGCUGCAAGGUGGCAGUUUGAGGGAGAUUUUGGGAGUGAUAGCUUUUGGGGGCUUAUGAAUACUUAUAGCCCUUAA